AUCCAUCAAUGAUAUUCAUCAACAAAUAAAUACUGUUCUGCUUUUGCUGCUUUCACUGAUAAGAGAUAUCAAAUACACACAAACAAUGAUUAUCAUCUUUAUCGUUCAUACCAAACAGAAGCAUUGAUGAUUUGAUAAUUUCAUUUUUUUUUCAUUUAUAAUCGAGGUAACCAAAAAUAGUAUAAGAAAAGUAAAAAAAAAAAAUCGCGCUCAUUUCCAAUUAUCAUGUUUCAUAGAUAGAUUACCUACAAUAACAACAACAACAACAACAGUAUAACUACACAUGGUUAAUUUGGUCUUCGUCUUCGUGAUAAUCGAUCGACACCACUGUAUUAAUCAUAAUUCUUAUGGCGAUGAUAAUUAAUAAUGAAAAUAAUUUUUUUUUCAUAUUUAUUUCAAUUUCUAUAGGAUUCCAAAACCGAUUGGUAAAAAAAAUAGUGAAUUGUGAUUCUAGUUCAGCCUAGUGAUAUUUUUUUUUGUGCGUGAGUGCAAUUUGUUUAUUUUAAUUUAUAUAUAUUUAUUUAAUUGAUUUAAAAAUAAAUCGACGACAAAAAUUACCGCUAAAAAUAUUUCACUUUACUAUCCAAGAAUCAUUCAGUUUUUGAUUAAUCAUCAAUUGUGAUUAAUCAUUGAAAGAUUGUUUUUAUUAUUAUGGGAAAAUUGAAACGUAAACAGCUUCAUCAACAAGUUACGAACCACUAUCAUCAUUAUAGUAACAAUCGAAUUACUUACCAUAAUCAUCAUCAUCAUCAUAAUCAUCAAUCAUCAUCAUCUUGUUCACCAUCAUCAUCUUCAUUGUCACCAUCAAGUUCUAGUGUAUCAUCAACAUCACCAUCACAAAUAUCGUCAUCAUCACGUGCUUCAUCGCCAUCAUCAUCAUCAUCAUCAUCAUCAAUACAAUCAUCAACAUCACCUUGGAAAUCACCAGUAUCAUUAUAUACAAUUUCAGAUGAAGAUUCGGGUAUAAUUAGUAGUGGAACAACAACAACAACAACAACAACAUCAUCAUCAUCAUCAUCAUCAUUAUCUGAUAAUUUGUGUUCUAAUUUGAAUAUAAAUACAAAAAAUAAUAAUUCACUAAUUCAAACAAAUAUUCCUGUGACAAAAGUUGCAAGAUUUAAUAUAAACAGAAAUUUAUCUUCAUCAUCAUCCGCAUCAUCUAGAUCAAACCAUCCAUCUGGUGGUAAUACAAAUGUUUAUGCCAUGACAAAUGGCCAUGCUAGAAAUAUUGCAAACAACGCCGCUGCCGCUGCCGCUGCCACCACAACCACCACAACAAGAUUGUCGUCAGUGGUAACAACAACUAAUAAUAAUAAUAAUAAUAAUAAUAUUGGCGUUAAUCAUCUGCAACAUCUUCUUCAUUCACAACAUCCUAAUAAUAAUCAUCAUAAUCAACAUCAUCAUAACCACCUGUUGCAUCAACAACAUCAACCUCAACAGCAACAGCAGCAGCAACAACAACAACAACAACAACAACAAAAUAAAGCUCAACCAUUUUCAAGAAGAACUUUGAACAUUUUACCACCACCGCCCACAAAUUUUGGAUCUUCAUUUUCACAUAAUAAUAAUAAUAAUGUAUCAUCGAAUUCAUCAUUGUCUACAAGUGAAACAUCUAUUCCUAUUGUAACUCAUUCAACCACUAGUAAUGGAUUUGUUUCUAAUAAUACAGCCGAAAUUAUUCGAAAUUCAUCAUCAUCGUCGAUGCGACAAAGUUGUGUUUUAACACCAACAACAAAUCAACAGAAUAGUACUGUUUAUCAUAAUCAUAUGAAUCAUUCUAAUAUGAUUGUGUCAUCAUCGCCAUCAUCAUCGUCGAUUCGUAAUUGUCAAAAAAUGAGCCAUUCAAAUCAGAAUUCGGCAGUUUCAUUAUCAACAACAUUGGGCACUAAUCCACAUCAAUAUAAUCAGAAUAGUAUGAUUAAUAAUCGUAUCGCACCAUGUGCUCAUCCAUCACGUUCAAAGAAUAAUAAAUAUGAAUUAAAGAUUCUUUCACAGCCCGAAGAACAGCAUAGAGCUCGAUAUUUGACUGAAGGAAGCCGAGGUGCUAUCAAAGACAAAUCUGGCCAUGGUUAUCCAAUUGUAAAACUUUGUGGUUACACUCGACAACCAAUUAAAAUUCAAUGCUUCAUUGGACAUGAUAAACAUAUUGGUGUUCCACAUCUAUUUUAUCAAGCAUCGAAAAUUGCGGGAAAAAAUUCGACAAAUUGUAUGAUGAAAAAAAUUGAUGGAACCAGUAUAAUUACAAUGGAAGCAUCGCCAGCCAAUAAUAUGGAAGUGAAUGUUGAUUGCAUCGGUAUUCUAAAGGAACGAAAUGUUGAUGUUGAACAAAAAUUGAAUAAAUUUCAAAAAAAUGGCAAUGGAAACAAUAUGACCACCGAUGUUGAUUCAAUAACCAAUAUUAAACGAUCAACACGUUGUCGUUUAGUAUUUCGUUGUGAAAUACCUGAAACAAUGGAAAUUUUGCAAACAGUUAGCACGCCUAUUUUAUGUACACAGCCUUUGGGUACACCGGAAAUCAAUAAAAAAUCAAUGUUCUGUUGUAAUAUUGAUGGUGGUGAAGAAUUAUUUAUAAUUGGUAAAAAUUUUCUCAAAGAUGCCAAAGUAAUAUUCCGUAAUGAUAAAUGGAUCAAAAUAGUCGAACCAAAUCGUGAAUAUCUUAAAUCGACACAUUUAAUUUGCAAAAUUCCACCAUAUGAUUUAUCAAUUCCAACGGCAACAGUAAAAUUAUCUCAACAAAUACAGACACGAUCAUUAUCAUCAUCUUCAUCCUCGUCAUCAUCAUCAUCACCAUCAUCAUCAUCAUCAAACAGAAACGGAUCCAAAAUUGAUCGAAGUUUUAUUGAUGGUCAAAAGUGGAGGAAAGUGUUCGGAUCCACAGAGAUUUUACUAUCGAAUACCAGAUAGAAAUAAUAAUUCACAACAACAAACAUCCAACAAUACUAACAUGAACUUUGAAAUGGAUAUGAGACUUCGGCGAACUGAAUCAUCGACGUCAACAAUAAACAAUUCAAAUGAAGCCGUUCUUAAUUUUAU